UCUAUAUAUUGGUACAGCCAACAUUUGUCUAUGAAAUGAUAUAUUAAAUGGCUAAACACACUAAUAGCAAAAACGAUAAGCAGUUCCCCCAAAACAUGGAUAUUGUCUUUUACAGGUUUUGAAGGCAGAGAGAAAAACACCCAUUCUUCACAUUGGAGCACUUUUGAAAAAGCUUGCCUCAAUGGAAGAGGUACAAGAUUUAGCGGAACAGCCAAUAAAAAAGGCCAAGAUGCAGGAAUCAGGAGAACAACUAUUAAGGCAAGUGAGCAGCUCGGACAGUAGUGAUCAAAAGCCCGAAUCUUCAAGUCUUUCUUCAAACCUGUCUAUAUCUAAUCAAAUCAUGCCAUGCACGGACUACAUCUCAAGGUCAUCAAACGACUAUACCUCACAGAUGUAUUCUGCAAAGCCAUAUGCACACGUCCUUUCUGUACCUGUUUCUGAGACGAUGGCCUCUUAUUCUGGGCAGACUCCAUAUCAAACCCUCCCACAGUCCCAGACAUACGCUGUUUAUCCCCAGACCACCCAAGCCUACGGACUACCUCCUUUUGGUGCACUGUGGCCAGGUAUGAAACCUGAGAGUGGUUUAAUUCAGACUCCAUCUCCAAGUCAGCACAGUGUUCUUACCUGCACUACAGGGUUAACCACAAGCCAAUCCAGCACAGCACAUUAUUCUUACCCUAUUCAAGCUUCAAAUACCAAUGCCAACUCAAUUUCUACUUCCUCACCUGCUGUCAAUAUUUCAGCAGCCACCGCCAGCAUCUCUCAACAGGAGUAUCCUACAUAUACCAUCCUUGGCCAAAGUCAGUACCAGCCGUAUUAUCCCAGUUCAAGUUUUGGCGUGAUAGCACCAGCAGACAGCAGCACAGAGACCAACACGUUGACAUCUGCCACCUAUCCUUCUGAAAAAUCAAAUGCCAUGGUGCCUACCCAGACGGUGCAGAGACAGUCCUCUGGUGAUCCCUCUACCAGUCCAUCAUUGCCAAGAGCGGCUGCAAGUAAACUUGUAGAUGAGCAAUCUAGGAGAAACAUGACUCCAAAAAACAGAGGCAAGAGGAAAGCAGAUGCUUCUUCACCGCAGGACAAUGAGCUUGAACGAGUAUUUCUGUGGGACUUGGAUGAGACCAUCAUAAUAUUUCAUUCUCUUCUGACAGGCUCAUAUGCCCAAAAAUACGGGAAGGAUCCCAGUUUAGUUGUUGGCUUUGGAUUAACAAUGGAAGAAAUGAUUUUUGAAGUGGCUGACACACACUUGUUUUUCAAUGACUUGGAGGAAUGUGACCAAGUACAUGUAGAAGAUGUUGCAUCAGAUGACAAUGGCCAGGAUUUAAGUAACUACAAUUUUUCCACCGAUGGUUUCAGUGGUUCGGGAAGUAAUGCCAAUCAUGGUUCAACAGGAGUCCAGAGAGGAGUGGAUUGGAUGAGGAAGCUGGCAUUUCGCUACCGGAAAGUACGCGAGGUCUAUGAUAAAUACAAGAACAAUGUUGUUGCUCUCCUCAGUCCUGAGAAAAAAGAAGCACUACAACGAUUAAGGGAAGAUAUAGAAGUGUUAACAGAUUCUUGGUUGGGAACAGCGUUAAAAUCCCUCCUGCUCAUUCAGUCCAGAAGAAAUUGUGUGAAUGUCCUGAUAACCACCACUCAGCUAGUGCCAGCUCUGGCCAAAGUCCUGCUGUAUGGACUUGGCGAAGUGUUCCCCAUUGAGAAUAUUUAUAGUGCUACAAAAAUAGGUAAAGAGAGCUGUUUUGAACGAAUUAUUUCCCGAUUUGGAAAGAAGGUGACCUAUGUGGUGAUUGGAGACGGACGUGAUGAAGAAUUGGCAGCCAAGCAGCACAACAUGCCCUUCUGGCGAAUCACAAAUCAUGCGGAUCUGGUGUCUCUUCACCAGGCCCUCGAGCUAGACUUUCUGUGAGGACCUGGGCACAAAGCAUCUCGGCCCUGCUCCCAACAGUCACCUCGUGGCUUAAACAGGAACCAGUCUGGGGACUUUCUCUUUCAUCCAGACCAAGAAACGCAGCCAGUGGAAGUGUACAGCAGGAGGUUCUCCCCCCCACCUCCCCCCAUCGCUGCUUUCCUGGGAGAACCGACAAAGCCUUGGCAAUGCUGCUCCGGUGCUCGAAUGGUUCUCUGUGGUUUGGGGUUUUUUGUUUUUUUUUGGCAAAUGGAACUUUGGGGAACUUCCAGGUGCAGAAUCUCCAGCAGCAAAGGCCUUUCUCCCCGUGUAGCCCUCGGAGGUAUUGUACUAAAGAAGAGAAAAGCAGUACCGUUUUGUAGAAUACUUUUGCCCCCUGCAGACUUCUUUCAAGCUGUUGAAUCAGAAAGGAAGGCAAAUGGAUUGUUUUUAUUUUAGUUUUAUUUUUUACAGAAAGGGGUCCAGGCAUGUCUCCCUUCUUGCAAACUCAGAAAUAGUACUGUUUAUAGGUUGGGGUGGGUGGGUGGGAAUAACAAUUUGUGUUGGAUGAAGGGGAGCUUUCUACUCUUUCCUGGCAAGCCAGGGAUCGAAAAUAUCCAACCAUUCCCUUGAGGCACCCUGGCUGUCCCCCAAUUCUUUUUCUAGCAAAUACACCCACUUGACUAGCACAGGGUAGUUUUUUUUUAAGUGAGGACAAGAUGCUAGAGUCUAAUUGUCCCCGGCCACCCCUCUUUUCAGCAAGUGCAUACCUGGGUAAUAAGAAAGCUCCUUUUCUUGGAUCCAAGAUGGCACCCUGCCAGUCCACGAUAAGAGUCCCCUUCGGUUGCCAUUCCCCAUGCGCCAAGGAUAGUGUCCCUUUUUGUUCUGAUGACUUGCACUGCAAGUCCUUUUUCUGAAGCAAGGAUUUGGGUAGGACAGGGGUCUUCAUACUUGAUAGCUUCAAGACUUGUGGACUUCAACUCCCAAAAUUCCUCCUCUAGCCAUGUUAGCUCAGGAAUUCCGGGAGUUGAAGUCCACAAGUCCUAAACUUGUGAAGUUUGAAGACCCUUGGGGUAGAACAAGGUUACCAAGGUGGGGUUGAGGGUGGGCUACAGCGUUGCAAAACAAUUUUUUUUCCCCAACCCCAGGGCAAAAGAGAUCUCUUCAGCUCCUUUGCAGAAAUUGACGGUAGAGAUAGCGUCCUGCUAACGUUUUAAGAGAUGCCUCCUGUAGGUUCUCCAGUUUCUUAUUUUCACUUGACAAUGGCACCUAAUUUUCUUCAGUACGGUAAUCUCGGCUGUAGCUGGAUAGCAACUUUGCACCCCCUGCAACUUCUAACUGCCCUCCCCUACCCCUUUCUUUUGGUUGUCAACCUUGAAGCUGUUGAAGUAGUAAACAGAAAUGGAAGUCACCCUUACGUUACUAAAUGGCGGACCAGAACAGUGGCUUCCUUGUUAGGGGGGCAGUAGGAUGAUUCCUUUUGAUGUAAGUGCAUGGUAGACAUUGAUGGGGCAGAAGGUGGGCUGCAACAUUUGAUUGUUAGAAAAAGAACAAUCUCCUUUCCUUGCUCAAGGAGAUGCCCAGCCGCCUUGUUGCCCGGUGUCUUUUACAAAUCCUUUAAAGGAUAGGCCUAGCAGUGUUUUAUUGGAUGAAAAUAUAUUCUCCCUUCCAGAUCCCUCCUUCCAGAUACAGAAUAGAAAAGGCCUCUGUUCUUUCCUGCAGAUUCUUUAUUUCUCAGCAAAAGUGUGGAAGUCAUUUGCCUCGAGGGGCCCUUGCUUGACUUUGGAAAUAACUCUUGUGCCUUAACUUCUUCCCAGAGUCCCGGAAACGUCAACCGUUGUGUGGAAGAGAGUGUGUUAAGCCUCUUCCGUGUUGAAAGUUAAUCUUUUGAUUCUAUUUUUUUACGCAAUCUCAGUCAGCAUAGCCAGUGAAUGUUGAGCCCCCAGGAAACUGGCUCAGAGGUGUGUGUUUGUCCUAGAAAGAAGCUCCUUGUCAGCCCCCCUUGCCAGGUUUUGGAAACACCUUUGACCAUGUGAGAAGCUUUUGGCAUCAGGUUCUGGUCUUUGUAAUGCCUCCUCUCUAAUAUACAUGGGCUGAUUUGUUUCCUUAAACCACUCAGGGUGAUGGUACAUUUUCUGUAUUAAUUUUUACAAAAGUCGAUUCAGCUCUGGCACCACUGACUUUGCUGGCUGCUUUUCUCUUGGGGCUUCAUAGAAUUUGGAAACCAGUGUGUUGCCACCUUCCUUCCCACUCUUUAGCUUUCAAGCAUGCCUGUUUUUAUUUUCUAAUGCAAAGGUGGCUGGACAUGCAUCAUCUGAAGUAUGUGGGAGGCUGUCAUCUCCCACCAACUGUGAGAAAUAGGCUGCAACUGCAAUUGCA